AUGGUCGCCGACGCAGUCAUCUACCACCCGACGGUGGCGCACUACCUCAAGUUCGUCGCGACGACGGUGGGGCGCGACAAGCUGCUGCGCACGCUACAGUACUUCGCGCGCUUCUACGCGUGGUACCUGCUGCGCACCAACGGCACGCGCGCCGAGAUCGCGCCCUUCGACGCCAUCAAGAAGCAGUUCGGCGCCGCGCGCAAGCUGCUGCGCGCGGGGAAGAACGUCGAGCACUUCAAGGCCGCCGCCGUCGCCAUGGACUCCAAAUCCUCCGCCGCCUCGGGCAUGGACCCGGUGCUGCGCUACGCGGCUGUCGGUCGACAGCUGGGCUAUGCGGGGUACUUGACGUUGGAUCUGAUGGCGCUGCCGGAUGCGCUGGGCGUGAGGAAGUGGGAGGGCGCGAAGACGGUUGGACGCGAGGCGUAUCGGUGCUGGGCGGUUGGGCUGGCUUGCAGUGUUGUGGCGCAGAGUUAUACGCUGUUGCGCCUGAGAGAGCGCGAGGCGCGUGUUGAUCGGAAGGAGGGCGAGGGUGUGGUGGAGAGUAAGAGGAUUGCUAAGGAGCGCACCACAAGCCAGCUGCAGCUGCUGUCCGACCUCUGCGACCUGACGAUCCCCACGUCGGCGCUGGGCUGGGUCGGCUUCGACGACGGGUUCGUCGGCCUGGCGGGCACGACGAGCAGUUUGAUCGGUGUCUACAACCAAUGGAAAAAGACGGCGUAA